CAAUGACAUCACCCUUCGAGUCGCCCCAAAACGCAUCCCCAAUUUGUUUUCCCGGAAAAUCCCAGCAGCUUCUAGACACCCUGACGCCUUCUCUCUCUGUGGACUACAUCCCAAAUCUCCGUUGAUGUCAACCUCGGGGCAGCCUCAAUUUCGAUACACGCAAACCCCAUCAAAGGUUUUGCAUCUGCGGAAUCUUCCGUGGGAAUGCACGGAGGAGGAGCUAAUUGAGCUCUGUAAACCAUUCGGAAAAAUUGUCAACACUAAGUGCAAUGUCGGCGCCAAUCGGAAUCAAGCUUUUGUCGAAUUUGCAGACCUAAAUCAGGCAAUUCAAAUGGUUUCAUACUAUGCAUCAUCAUCUGAGCCUGCACAGGUUCGUGGUAAGACGGUGUAUAUUCAAUACUCAAACAGGCAUGAAAUUGUCAACAACAAAAGUCCAGGUGAUGUUCCUGGAAAUGUUUUGCUGGUAACAAUCGAGGGUGUUGAAGCUGGUGAUGUGAGCAUUGAUGUCAUUCACUUGGUAUUUUCUGCUUUUGGCUUUGUGCACAAAAUUGCUACUUUUGAAAAGGCUGCUGGUUUCCAGGCACUUAUUCAAUUCACUGAUGCGGAGACUGCAUCUACUGCAAGGGUUGCCUUGGAUGGAAGAAGUAUACCGAGGUACUUGCUUCCGGAGCAUGUUGGUUCAUGUCACCUGCGCAUAUCCUAUUCUGCACAUACUGAUCUUAAUAUCAAGUUUCAAUCUCACAGGAGCAGGGACUAUACAAAUCCAUAUCUUCCUGUGAAUCCUACUGCAAUUGAGGGACCUGUACAGCCUGCUGUAGGUCCUGAUGGAAAGAAGAAAGAACCAGAGAGUAAUGUACUUCUUGCAUCAGUAGAGAAUAUGCAGUAUGCUGUAACAGUUGAUGUUCUUCACACGGUGUUUUCUGCAUUUGGUACCGUCCAGAAGAUAGCCAUAUUUGAGAAAAAUGGUGGAACACAGGCACUAAUUCAAUACCCUGAUAUUGCAACUGCAGCAGUAGCCAAAGAAACUUUAGAAGGACAUUGCAUUUAUGAUGGUGGCUAUUGUAAGCUUCAUCUAUCAUACUCUCGUCAUACUGAUCUCAAUGUAAAGGCCUACAGUGAGAAGAGUAGAGAUUACACUGUCCCAGACGCAAGUUUGCUUGCAGCAGGACAGGUUUCUUCUCCGACAGUGUGGCAGAAUCCUCAGGCUGCUCCAAUGUACUCCAUGAACAACUAUGCUGCUGUUCCUACUCAAGUUCCAGCUGGGCAAGUGCCUGCUUGGGAUCCAGCUGUGCAAGCAGGAGCAGCAGCUUAUGCUUCAGUUCCUGGCACAUUUCCUGGUCAACCGUAUCCAGCGCCUCCAGUUCCCACAUAUGUCACUGCGGCAAUGCCUGUUGGAUCUUCUUCUCUUUCGCAAGGCAGCCCACUUUCUCCUGGUGUGGCUUCCAUGCCAAUGACUCGGCCAGGGGUUCAACCCAAUCUGCUCUCUGGUGGUGCUCCACCUCCAGAUUUCAGUCAGAAAGCAAUAUGGUUCCCUGAUGUUAGCUGGUGACCAAACCAUAUGAAAUGGGACAUCACCUUAAUUCCUCAUUUUAUCAUGCACGAGGAGUAAUGUUAGCCUGCAUGUUUAGUAUUCCUUGAGUAACUACUGUGUAUCUCUCUUUCUUUAUUUAUGAGGAUGAGAUUGAUACAUUUGUUUAAUGUCUUUCACCAUCUUAAUUAAUAUCUAUGUAUACUCGUACUUGUGUGGGGUUGGCAUUUAAUGGAUUGGCGUGCCUUUCUAUCA